CCCGCGCGCCCAUGUCUUUUGCAUGGAUUUUCUUGCAGCAGUUCCGUGCUAGAGGUCUCCACCGAGCUGCACAAAUAGGAACUGGCUGUAUAGGAAGGUUGCUCUUCCUUUUGUGCAUCACCCAGCUAACUCGGUGCAAGUAAGAGCCCUGCAGUCUUCGGAUUCUGAUUUCCACCCAUAACAAAGGCAAAUUAUCUAACCGCCCCUUCCAGAAAGCAGGAAUUUUUUUUUUUGACGUAGAGGACAAUAAGGCCGGGCAGAUUCGUACGCCACAUCUCUGGCCCUUCUGCUCCCUCCCUCGCAAAAGGCAGAUGGAAAGAGAGCGGGAAGGUGAUGACAGAGCUUGGAGCCUGAUACCACUGCAGCAGCACUGAUCACAAUAGAACAUCUGCAAAGCCAUUGUCCCAACCUCAGGUCUGCUCAAGAUCAGCUCCACUGGCCCAUCUUGGCCGAUCGCAGCCUUAAAAGUCCGGCAACUGGUUCCUGCCUUCAUCAGUUGGUUUCUUGGAGAAUAUCCCCUCUGCUCCCCUUUCCCCACGGCUGGUCUUUUCUCACCCUUGAUUGUAUCUCCGCAGUAUUCUCUUUGAGAGCUCAAUCUCGCUUUGCUUACAGCUCUGUUUUGGAUGUUUGCGGAACAGAGCUAAUGCUGAGUGCGGACAGGAUGGAAGAGUUUCAGAGUGAGGAAGAGGAACCCUGGUACGACCAACAGGACUUGGAACAAGACUUGCACUUAGCAGCUGAAUUGGGGAAGACACUGCUGGAGCGCAACAAAGAGCUGGAGGAUUCUCUGCAACAGAUGUACACAACCAAUGAGGAGCAAGUACAAGAGAUAGAGUAUUUGACAAAACAGCUGGAAAUGUUACGGCAUAUGAAUGAACAACAUGCUAAGGUCUAUGAGCAGCUGGAUAUGACAGCACGGGACCUGGAACUGGCCAAUCAGAAGCUUGUGCUGGAGAGUAAGACAUCCCAGCAGAAGAUACAAUGCCUGACAGAAACCAUUGAGGGGCUGCAGAACCAAGUAGAUGAGCUACAAAAGCAGGUGGAAGAGUUGCAGAGCCUAGACCAGCUGCGUGUCCGGCGGGAAAAGAGAGAGAGGCGCCGAACCAUCCAUACAUUCCCUUGCCUCAAGGAGCUGUGCUCAAGUCCCAGAUACGAGGAUGCUUUCCAGAUUCACAGCUCUUCAAUGGAGUUCAGUCAGAUGCCUUUGGAGCGAGAGAAUGAGCGACUGCAAGCAAUGGUAAAUUCCCUCCGGUCCCAAGUCAACCAGGAGAAGCAGCGUAAGGAAAGGGUGGAAAGAGAGUACUCAUCUGUCAUCCAGGAGUACUCAGACCUUGAGCAGCGGGUGUGCGAGAUGGAGAGCUGCAAGCUGCGCAUUAAAGAGCUGGAAGCAGAGUUACUGGAACUCCAGCAGAUGAAACAAGUCAAGAAGUAUCUCCUCAGUAGAGAGGACAACCUGUCAGAAGCACUUCUGGAGCCCUUAAACAAUGCCCCAGAAGCCGACUACAUUGACCUAUCUGAGGAAGAUGGAGGUAAACACCACGAAUCCUCAAUGGCAGCCUCCCCAAGCCACCCUGUACGAAAAAGCUGCAGUGAUACAGCCCUCAAUGCCAUUGUGACCAAGGAUGCUGUGAGCCGCCACGAAGGCAACUACACACUCCAUGCCAAUAAUGUACGCAAGAGGGGGAUGUCCAUCCUGAGGGAGGUGGACGAGCAGUACCAUGCCCUGCUGGAAAAAUAUGAGGAGCUCCUCAGCAAGUGCAGACAGCACAAGGACAGCGUGCGCCAUGCUGGCGUGCAAACCUCCCGCCCCAUCUCUCGCGACAGCUCCUUUAGAGACUUCCGGGGAGAGGGUUAUGAGCUAGAUGAGCUCAAGACAAUGGAGAAGAGCCUUAGCAAACACGUGGAUGCUGUGGACAAGAGGCUUGAGCAGAGCCAACCAGAGUACAAAGCCCUGUUCAAGGAGAUCUUCUCCCGAAUCCAGAAGACGAAAGCAGACAUCAACGCCACCAAGGUGAAAAAGAAGACCAGCAAGUGAAUCCUACCAUUUUUGUUUCACGUCAUGUACAAAUGCAGCAUCAAGCUCUUCUCUUUAGCCCCAGGAAUCAUUAUAUGGCCUCCUGCCUCCAAGACCUGGAAGCUUCUCACAUUGAUGUCUUGCAGAGAAAGGGAGCCUCUUGGAGAGUUUUGAGAGUGGGAAGAGCCAAAGCCCACAUUCCUUAAGUCAGUGCUUCAAGCUGCCUGGAUCUGAAUGUGCUGCAAAAGCUGUACAUUGUAGUUGUAGUUGGUAUCCAAGGUUUUAAAAGGAAUCCCUUCACAUCGCUGCAGCAGCCAGAAAUUACAAGCAGGAAAUUUGACCGACCAGCCACAACCUCGCUU